GGCAAGCAGAGGCUUGGCAGACACAGCGUGGUGCAGCGGCUAACACUCAAAAUGGCAGACUAGGCGAGUGACUAAUACGUUAACACGUGACAACGGAGGCGCCCCGGGUUCGAUCCGGGCAAAGAGCUAUUUGGUGUUUUUUAUUAGGUACUGAGAACCCCUUGCCAGGUAUUCACCACACCCACAAUGGUAUUAUGCUGAACGACAUGAGAAUUGUUUUAAAUUGUUUUGCCUCUGGCUCAUGGCCCGCGGGAUAUUUUUCCUUCUUUGGUCUUUGGGGUUUUGGUUGAAUAUUGUUCACUGCGCUUUGGUAGGUUGAAAAUAUUGAUGAAGUCAUUUUGCCACCAGAUCUACCAAAAAUUUACAUUCAUUCUGCUUACCCCAGGUUUUUUUGUCCCUACGAGAACCUGCAUUAAUCCCUCCAUCUUUGACAAAUCAGGCUCGUUGCUUUUGCACUCAAAUUCCUUCCAAAUGACGGAAGCCGAGCUUCUCAGGAUGAUCUCGAACCUUGGCCGUUUUAUGGAGGUUGGUUGCGCGAUUUGUGCGCGGUUGACUAACAUACACCGAAACAAUAAUAAUAAUAAUAAUGACGGUCCUUUGUCGCGAUAAUCUCGCACAACCGACAUACGCAGUAGCCAGCUGGCCUUCUUAGGGGUUCUCUAAUAUACCGUAUAUAUAAGAUAUGGAUGGCCAGUGUCUGUUGUUUUCGAAAGUGAUCAAUUUUUCACUUUGCUGUGAUUUCUGCUCUACAACGUCUACUACCUUGGAGGAGCUUAACAGUUGAUAAAAUAUCAAAUAAUCAUACUUGUUACUCCUGCACAUCAAAUUAAGGGGUUCUACUUUCGUCUCUUUUUGAUCCUCUUAACCAACAAAUUCCGUUUCGAGAGACCCGCCGGUUUCACUUCUCUGCAGAAAUCCAGUGGCGAACGGCUCACAUCCAAAUCAAAUAUAUACCCACACCCUUCCCACCUAUCCUGAGCCAUUGCGGUUAUUCUACACAUAUCACACAUAUCACACCAUACGCAUCUUGUCAUUGCCUACAUUCCGUGACGUGUCAUUUGUCUUGGGAUCCAUAAAAAUGGCAGACAAAGAGCCGAUCCAACGGCCGCCUGUCGCGGCUAACCGUACGUCUGUGCCUGUGGUGCCUGCGGAAUCCAAAGAAAUAACAACCGUCCUCCUCGUCAAUAAUAUCCACUGUACAUCAUGCGUGGCAUACGCGAGGGAGGUCCUGUUCCAUAUUCCCGAUGUCAUCAGCGUCGAUGUGACAAUCCUCGCCCAUAAGGUCCAAGUCCGCCACGGACUAGGCGUAUCAGCCACUGAUCUCGUAAGAGCUCUGAUUGAGGCUGCGUUCGAGGUCUGUCAUGCAAGUUCUAGCGAUGAUUCAGCAGCCGAAAUAAGCAACAUUGACGUUUCCGAGUCGCCAAGUCCAUUCAUAGAACGUCAUCUUUUCCGCACACCUGCUCAGGGUGGCAAAAGCAAACAGGCCAGGAACAGGGUGCAUAUUGACAACUGCGACGCCUGUCGAGCUGAAGAGCAGGGGAAAACCCAAGGAGAUGAAAAGAAAGGCUUAUCGAUCUUCCCACAUCAUAAUGCUGUUGGGGAGAAAGGCCCGAUAAAUGGUGACCUUGGCAAACAGCGAGAGAAGGUGGCGCCCGAAUCAUGGACUGAACGGAGUGAUGUCCCCGAUCUCGAGAAGGGUUUCACCCUGGCUGACGAGGAAUACAACGCAUCCAUUAGCAUAUCUGGGAUGUCAUGCUCUUCGUGCACUACAACGCUGACGAGCGCCAUUGAGCAACUUAGCUUCGUGAAAUCUGUCGACGUUGCAUUAUUGACGCAUAGUGCGUCCCUCACGAUCCUGGGUCCGAAAGAGAAUAUCGAUGAAGUUCUUUCAGUAAUCGAUGAACUUGGUUUCGAAGGCGACCUUCAAGAUAUUUCACAGAAAAAAUCACCAUCGCAUCGCCGCAACAUCUAUACUGCCACUGCCAGCAUCGGGGGAAUGACCUGCGGUUCAUGCGUGGGAACUAUUACGCGCGGAGUCCAGGAAAUCCCAUCUGUUACUAAUGUUGUUGUCGACCUUCUGGGAUCCAAUGGAAAGUUUGAGUUCGAGGGGAUUGACACACUCGAUGAAAUCAAGCAAACUGUCCAGGGGCUUGGAUACGAACUUGUGGUUACUGAGUGUGCUCAGCUCAAAGAUGGCAAAACUGACGGUGACGGCCCCCUGCAUCGGACGGUUGAAAUUCAAGUUGAUGGCAUGUUUUGCCAUCACUGCCCUGAAAAGGUCCUUACUGUGUUGGAAGCAAUGGACGAAUCGGUCUCAGUCGUCAAAAGCCCUACGCUCAAGCAUCCUGUUGUUUCAGUGACUUACAAACCGAACCCCCCUUCUAUGACCGUCCGAAAUAUAAUUGCCGUUAUCGAAUCCGCCAAUGACGCUUUUAAAGCUAGCGUAUACCAUCCCCCAACCAUUGAAGACCGUUCGCGUGAGAUGCAGCACCGCGAAAGACGCCGCCUUCUUCUACGUUUGCUGUUUGUAUUCAUCGCCGCGAUUCCAACUUUCCUGAUAGGUAUUGUCUGGAUGUCACUGGUACCUUCAACCGACAGCAUGAGAAUAUACUUCUACGAACCGAUAUGGGCAGGGCAGGUAACCCGUCUGGAAUGGGCCUUGUUUAUCAUCACCACGCCUGUCAUGUGCUACGGCGCGGAUGUUUUCCAUGUCCGUGCUUUCAAAGAGAUCCGAGCUUUAUGGAGACCUGGGAGCAAAGUGCCCAUUUUACGAAGAUUUUACCGCUUUGGGAGCAUGAACUUACUCAUUUCUGCGGGUACUUCUGUGGCUUAUUUUGCCUCAAUUGCUCUGCUCGGUGUCGCAGCUAGAGCAGACGGACACCAAGCCCACAUGUCGCCUUAUUUUGACACCGUCGUUUUCCUUACUCUGUUCAUCCUUGCUGGUCGGUUUUUGGAAGCUUACAGCAAAGCGAAAGCAGGUGAUGCUGUUGCGUCCCUAGGUAAACUUCGUCCCUCAGAGGCUCUUCUAGUGGUUGAUUCCCCCUCGACGAGCCCUGACGCCUCUCCUGGCAGCACACUCCAACGUAUCAGCGUUGAUCUCCUGGAGGUGGGCGAUAUCGUCAACAUCCCACACGGCUCCUCCCCUCCAGCUGACGGAAUUGUGACCAGCUCCGAGUCUUAUCGGUUUGACGAGAGCUCACUGACAGGGGAGUCGAAGCCCGUUGCAAAAAUUGCUGGAGAUAAGGUAUACUCUGGGUCAGUGAACGUUGGACAGCCAGUAUACAUCCGAGUAUCCGACAUCGGUAGCACGUCCAUGCUUGAUCAAAUCGUCGCUGUUGUUAGAGAAGGCUUGACCAAGCGUGCCCCUGUUGAAGGGGUUGCGGAUAUUAUGACUAGCUAUUUCGUACCGGUAAUCACGCUCCUCGCCAUCCUCACUUUCAUAAUCUGGCUCAGCUUAGGGUACUCCGGCCGUCUUCCUGCUGGCUACCUCGAUGGAGCUCAGGGCGGAUGGGCCUUUUGGUCGUUAAAGUUCGCCAUCGCCGUUUUUGUGGUUGCUUGUCCUUGCGGUUUGGCUUUGGCCGCUCCUACGGCUCUGUUUGUUGGGGGCGGCCUCGCCGCAAGACGAGGAAUCCUUGUUAGAGGUGGUGGCGAGGCUUUUCAGGAGGCUAGUAAGCUUGAGGCGAUUGUGUUUGACAAAACGGGUACAUUGACUGAAGGAGGAACUCUGCGAGUGUCCGAUCAUGAAAUCCUUGUCAAGGACGAGGAACAGCAGCAGGUAGCCUGGGAAUUGGCGAAGGUUUUGGAACAGAGCAGUACACAUCCGAUCGCGAACGCUAUUGCUGAAUUCUGUGCAGAGAAAUCCUCAGUCUCUGUCAUUUCGUCAGCCCUCACUGAAAUACCUGGACAAGGAAUGAAAGGAACGUUCUCGUUAAUUUUCAACGAUGCGGAAGUUGAAUAUGAGGCAGCCAUCGGAAGCCAACGAUUAUUGGACUCUCUCGCCGGCGAAAAUGCAACUGAUCGUUAUUUCUUAGCCAACACGCUCACAAAGUAUCAAUCUGCGGCGAAGUCUACUGCAAUCCUCUCUAUCCGCAAAAUAUCAGAUGAUGCCUCCCAAUUCGUCCCUGCUAUUGUUUUCGCAACUUCCGAUCCAAUCCGAGCCGAAGCUGUAAGUGUGAUCUCCAGCCUUAAGGCCAAGAAAAUAGACGUUUUCAUGUGUAGCGGAGACAACCAAACCACAGCACACGCCGUUGCGGCCGCGAUUGGUAUUCCAGCCUCAAACGUCAUGGCCAACGUCCUCCCUCCUCAAAAAGCAGAGUACAUCCGCCAGAUACAAGAAAACAAACUCCACAACACCGACACCAAAACCAAGUCCGACAAGAAACGCAUCGUUGCUUUUGUCGGAGAUGGCACUAACGACUCUCCCGCCCUCACCGCCGCAAAUGUCAGCAUCGCCAUGGCCUCGGGCUCCGAUGUCGCCGUUAAUUCUGCUGGCUUCAUCCUCCUCAACUCAGACCUCACCACCAUCCUCGAGCUGUGCACACUCAGCAGGCGCGUGUUCAACCGCGUCAAAUGGAACUUUGGCUGGGCGGCGAUCUAUAACAUGAUUCUUGUACCGGUUGCGGCAGGCGUGCUUUUCCCCAUUGUCACGGGUACGAAAAUAAUGGAGGAUGGCACGAAGAUUAAUGAGCAUUGGAGACUUGAUCCUGUCUGGGCGAGCUUGGCGAUGGCGCUCAGUAGUAUAUCGGUGGUGGUGAGUAGUUUGGCACUGAGGUUUGAGUGGAGGAAGGCUAUGGAGUGGGUUGUGCGGAAGGUGCAAUUUUGGAAGAAGGCGUGAGGACGCCGGUGCGAGUACUAGUCAGGUUCUAGAUGAUGGCCUUCAAGAGAAAAGAGAGCCCUUAUUUUCUUUUAUUCGGGGGAUGAGAUGGGUUCUUCUCCGCUAAUUGUUCUUUUUUCUUUUUACGAAUUUGCUUAUAUAUUUCGUUUCUAGGUAUUGUCUUGCCUUGUCUACAUCCGCUUCAUGCGGCCCACCCUAUCACUGGCAUUCUUUUCUUACAUAUUCUAAUGAUUUUUUUAAGUAUUCGUUAGAGGACAUGAUGAGAUCUCUUCAUACCCAUUUGUAUCUAUCUUAUUUCAUUCUCUACCGCAAUAAUAAUAUUUUCUGAAUCUACAAUCUCUUUAUCAGGUAGAGUUCUAAUGAAAAUACUUGCGAACCCUUUACACCUAUCUGGCGCAUUUAAUGUACAGUACAUACUACUGUUGUGAACACGUUCUCAUACCGUAACGGUAUUUACACAAAUCUCCGAUACAAAUUCCUAUCCGUACAUGCGGUUUCUAUGCCAUUCCCAUUGUCCGAGCUACUUUCCUCAAGGACCAAUUUGAGGUGGUUUAUUAAUUUAUCUUCAUCGGUGCUUUCCCUACCGCAGCUGGCUGAGCCGGUUGGUUUAUUUUAUCUAGUCUCAUAGGUUGCUGCGAGGGGCCAGUUUUCUUUCCUGCCAGCCAAUUAUUUAUCAGGGGUAGCGUUCAAGUUGCAGGGUACUGACUGAUAAGUUUGCAAUUGGACUUUGGAGCUCCUGAGGUUGAAUUAGCAAAAGGAGACAAACCCCUCCCCCCAAUACAUAUGCAUAUACAUACAUACAUACAUACAUACAUA